AUGGGCCGUGGGGCUAUCGCCGAAGACCCUUAUAUACCAGGCACUGUCCAUCUGGUCGAUCUUGAUGGCACCAUGCACACGCAGCAUGCUCGAGGUGGACAAAGAGAUGUUGUACUUGUUCCGACUCCCUCGAAAGAUCCCGAUGAUCCAUUGAACUGGUCGCCUCAGAGGAAGACAAUAUCAAUGGUCUGCAUGGGCGUUUAUACGCUGAUGGUGGGUAUUGCGAGUGCGGCAAUUUACUCGAUCCUGGAACCUAUCGCUGAGGAGACCAACCUGACGCUGAACGAACUGAACAAUGGCACUGNNGGUGUAAAUAUGUUUCUCUUUUUCGGUUGGGGCUGCAUUGUAUGGCAACCACUUGCCUUACAAUACGGCAAGCGACCGGUGUACCUGUUCAGCAUUCUCGCAACCAUGGGAAUACAGCUCUGGGCACCCUAUACCAGGAGCAAUGGUCAAUGGAUCGCCAACAAGAUCCUCCAAGGCUUCUUCGGAGCACCCAUAGAGAGCCUUUGCGAGAUCACAGUCACAGACGUCUGGUUCCAACAUGAAAGAGGGAAAUACCUUGGUCUCUACGCGCUUCUUCUCGCGGGUUCCAACUUUCUCGCACCAGUGCUUGCUGGCUUCAUAGCGGAUGGUCAAGGCUGGCGAUGGGUGCUCUACUGGUGUUCAAUCUUUUGUGCAGCAGGGUUCAUUUUUCUUCUCUUCUUCUUGGAAGAGACGAACUACUCUAGGCUUUCCAUCACAGGAGUUACGCCUGUUGUUGGUGUCCAGCCUGAUCAAACAUCUCCGGCAUCCAACGUAAACGAGAAGAUGGCAAGCCCGCAUGACCACAAUCUGGCCUUGGAAGAUGGACCACCUGUACCUAAAGACAUGUUCAAGCAGAAGACAUACCUGGAUAAGAUCAAGUUGUGGCAAGCCUCUGACUUGAAGAAAGACAAUCAUAUUGCUGGCAUGGUAGCCCGACCCCUCAUAUUCCUUACCUUUCCUGUCAUAUUCUAUGCUGGGUUCUCGUACGGGAGCAAUCUAAUUUGGUUCAAUGUACUCAACGGAACUGCUUCAUCAAUCCUUGGAAACGCUCCCUACAACUUCUCGCCCAGUAUGGUUGGCCUUUCGUAUAUAUCGCCACUCAUUGGUGUUGCCAUUGGAUCGUUUUACACCGGGGUAAUCGGUGACAAGAUCGUUCUUAAAAUGGCACGGCGUAACGGAGGUGUUCUCGAGAGUGAGCAUAGGCUAUGGCUAUUCCUGCCCUCGUUACUUCUUAUUCCUGGUGGCUUGAUACUUUGGGGUGUGGGUGCGGCACAGCAUAUCAUGUGGUUUGGCUGUGUCUUUGCGAUGGGCGUAAUCGCCUUGACCAAUACCAUCGGUAUUCAGCUGAGUAUCUCGUACGCCGUUGACUCAUACAAAGAUCUUGGCGGAGAAGCAAUCGUCACUGUUAUCCUUGUUCGCAACACGAUGAGUUUUGCUAUCGGCUACGGCAUCACUCCCUGGAUCGAAGGCAUGGGUCUGCAAAACGCUUUCAUCCUUGCCGCGUUUGCAGGCCUUGCACAGUGUCUGACCUUCUUUGCUAUGGUAAAGUGGGGCAAGGAGCUCAGAAGAAAAAGUGCUAGCAAGUAUGCCAAAUAUGUCCAGAAAAUGGCAGAGAGCGGUCUUGUGCAUUGA